UCGUCUUCCUCCCUCUCCUCGCAGCUGCAAGCAAGCGCACCACCAAGCUAAGCUCUGCUCCGCAUUUUGCUCGAAAACCACCUACACACACGUACCAUGGCGCCAUCAGUGGCCUGCUCCUUCUUCUUCGACAACGAGCUGCUCGGCGAGCCCGGCAUGCCGGCGAUGGACGCGUGCGCGCUCUGCGCCAAGCCGCUGGCGCGCGACAGCGACGUCUUCAUGUACAGAGGGGACACGCCCUACUGCAGCGAGCAGUGCCGCCACGAGCAGAUGCACCUCGACGCCGUCUGCGCCAAGCAGGCCGCGCGGAGGCAGCAGCGGUUCUCGGUGGGGGCGGAGUCUCACCGUGGGCAGCGGCAGUCCAGCAAGGUGUCCGUCGCGAGCUAAGAGCGCGUGGCCGAGGAAAGUUAUGCGUGGAUGGACAAGAUCUGAAUUCUGAAGAAAAUAGCAUCUGUAUUCUGAAGAACCGUCGAUACUUUCUGGUUGGGCGUCUGAUGCCUCCGUUUCUCCGGCCGGUGCAAUUGCCUGAACCGGAGGAGGUCUCAGAUGCGCCUUGGCGCCACCUACCGGAGGCAGGGCAGGGCAGCAUCAGAUGGUCGGUGCCUGUAGCUUCCCACAUGUGUCCAUGCCAAGCUGAUUGAGCUGCCCGGAUGGGAGGAAAUUGUACUUGGUUCUCGGUCGGCCUGUGCUGCGCUGUGCCCAUGAAUUUUUUUGUUAGAAACGAAUUCAGAAAAAAAAAAUGGAUCUGAAGAUAGCAAUCAAACAUCAUUCACAUUUGUUUAGCUUCAGUUCGGGUAGCUCGUCUGCUCCAUCUCUUAUUUGUUCCCCUUGAUGUCUACAGUGUGCUAGAGCCAGUGUGGCUGUAAAUAAUUCAAGGGAAUCAAUAUAAAUUAUCGUUA